AUGUAAAUUCUAAUGAACAAAAAUCAUCUAUGAGUUAAAAAAACCUGGAAGAUAUUGGGGACAGGUAACAUGUCACUAUCCAACCUCCACCUCUAACCUGCAUUUCCCCCUUCAAAUUCUUCAAAUUCUUCAAAUCUAAGCUAAACACAAAUCCUCUUUACAGUAACACAAAAUCAAGAACAGAAUUUUUUUUUCAAACCAAAAGAAUCAAUGAAAAGAACUCACCUUAGAUACAUCCACCAUAAAAAAUGGUCAACACCCAUUAUUGUAUUCACAAUCUUGGCUCUAAUACUCCUUCUUACACUAAUUUUAACCAACCCCACUUCCUCAUUUAAGCCUAAAUCAUCAAACCCACAAUCAAAAUCAGUUCUUUCUGAUGAAAAAGCUGAAAUCUUGCCUGAGUUGCCUCGAUUAGCUUACUUGAUUUCGGGUACUAAAAAUGACGGAGUAAAGAUGAAACGGCUGCUUCAGGCAGUGUACCAUCCAAGGAAUUAUUAUCUGUUGCAUCUUGAUUUGGAGAGUUCAGAUAGUGAGAGAUUGGAGUUGGCUAAGUAUGUUAAGUUGGAAUUUGUGUUUAGGGAUUUUGGGAAUGUUAAGGUUGUGGGUAAAUCAGAUCUGGUUACCUAUAAAGGGCCUACUAUGUUGGCUUCUAUGUUACAUGCCAUUGCUAUUCUAUUGAAGCUGCCUAAGAAAUGGGAUUGGUUUAUUAAUCUCAGUGCCUCUGAUUAUCCCCUUAUGACUCAAGAUGAUAUACUCCACAUUUUCUCAUACUUGCCUAGGGAUCUGAAUUUUCUUGAGCACUCAAGUAAUAUUGGUUAUAAAGAGUUUUCUAGGGUGAGGCCUAUUAUAAUAGAUCCUGGUUUAUAUCAUCUGAAGAAAUCUGGCGUGUUCUGGGCUAAGGAGAAAAGAUCUGCUCCUGCUUCUUUCAAGGUGUUCAUGGGGUCUGAAUGGGUGAUGCUCUCAAGGCCAUUCCUUGAGUUUUGUAUUUGGGGCUGGGACAAUCUACCGCGCACUCUUCUGAUGUACUACACAAAUUUCUUGUAUUCUCUCGAAGGCUACUUCCACACCAUUGUCUGCAAUCACAAAGACUACCAGAACACGACAGUGAACCACGACUUACAUUACAUCAAAUGGGAUAAUCCCCCGAGGCAGUAUCCUAUCAAUUUAACACUCAAGCACUUUGAGGACAUGAUCCAGAGCGGUGUCCCCUUUGCUCGUACUUUUGCUACUGAUGAUCCAGUUCUUGAUAAAAUUGACAAGGACAUCUUAAGAAGAUCUCAUGGCCGGUUUUCGUCAGGGGCUUGGUGUGUGGGAACUUCUGCUUUAGGCAAAGAUCCUUGUAUAGUUUAUGGAAGUAUAGAUGCUGUGAAACCAUCAGCAGGCUCAAGAAGCCUAGAGAAACUUGUACUUAAGCUCCUUGAUACUGAAAAUUUCAGGUCAAGACAAUGUAAAUAAAUUAUACACUAUCCUUUUUUCCUCUUGAAAAUCUCUUUUUUCUCUUUUCAUUUUCUUUUUCUUUUUGCCUCUUUGCUUUGUUUAGUUAUUUGGCAUGCUGUGAAUCAAACCCUUUUGUCUGUUA